CCUUCAGCAGACUCCCAAGUCCCAACGCUGCAAUUGUGAGGAAAGGCUGCAGGAGGGAAAAGCAGCAGCGAGUGGGGCGCACCGGCGCAGGCGCUAAAAGCAAGCCACCGCGGCUGCCGAGGUCUCGGAAGGGGGGAGAGAGAGGAGAGGAAGAGGAAGAGGAAGAGCGAAGAGGAAAAGGGAAUCCAUUUCCACCUGCGGUUCUCGUCGUCCCCAAACCCUACCCCCCUCCCCGCCGCCCCAUGGGCCCCGCCUCGCCGGCGCUCCCGCGACGGGCGCCCCGGUGCCAAUAGCAGCGCCGGACGGCCGCCGCCGGCUCGGGGGCCGCGGCGUCGGGGGUGAUGGCGCACUUCGGGCGCGCGAGCCGCCGCCCCGGUCGAGGACUUCUCAAAGAUCCUUGGAAAAAUCUUGCUUUCAAUUUGUUGGUUGUUGUAUUGACUCUGGAUUUUCUCACUGGGAUCAAUUUGAUUGUUCAAACAUCAGCUUUAAAAGUGGUGGCUCCUGCUAUGUCUCCAUCACAAGGUUGGAGACCGGUUCAUUCCAUGGCAUCCCGAGCUAAAGUCGUCAUAAGUAUUUCAGUGCAACCUGUGGGCCAGCAAAUACAAAAGAAGCUAUAUUCAUCAACAGUUGCCCUAUCUGCGGACCCUACUAUUUCAGCGCCAAGCUAUAGUUCCAUACCUAGUGCUUCAGAUCUGACCUUUUAUUCCUCAGAUCUAUCACAUCCCUCGGUGGAGCAUAACAGACGCUCAGCAGCAUCUGUUCCUAUGCAUGUAAAUGCUGACCCUCCAGAUGCAACUUCAAAUUCUAGUGCAGCUCCUUCUGGAUUAGUGCAACCUCCAGUAUCUCCUCACAAUGGCUGUUGUGCACCAAACAUGGUACAAAAACGAGGGACCAGGGACUGUCAUUGUGUUUAUCCAGUGAAGGUUGAGCUCUUCCUUCGCAAUGUUUCCUUGACUUCAAAUUGGAGCAAUGAAUUUCUCGAUGAACUUGCUUCUCAGCUCUACCUACAUGUUAAUCAGUUUGUGAUUGUAAAUUUCUAUGUUGUUGGAGCCUCUGGACUAAAUAUCACUAUGGAUAUAGCGCCCCAUACUGGAAUUAGCUUCUCAGCUGAUCAAGUUGCCACAAUGAAUUAUUCACUAAGUUUGCACACAGUUCGGAUCAAUCCUGCGCUGGUUGGGGACUAUAAUCUUCUUAAUUUAAUGUGGUUUAGGCCAUUGGUCCCAUCACCUGCUCCAGCAGUCACGAUAUCACCUAAGGCCUCUCCAUCAACAGCGUCUACCUUACCGAGGCCGAGUGGUGAUCCCAGCAACGAUAGACGUCCGAGCCUGAUUACUGUCAUUAUCAUAUGCGUUGGUGCUCUGAUUGGUGUCUUGCUGAUUGUUUUAACAAUUUUCUUCUGCACAUUUAGGAAAGGGAAAAAGAAGGUGCCUCCUGUUGAAACACCCAAACAAAGGACACCAGAUGCACUGUCUGCAGUGGAGUCGCUUCCUCGACCCACAAGCACAAAGUUCCUUUCAUAUGAAGAACUGAAAGAGGCAACAAAUAACUUCGAGCUUUCAUGUGUGCUUGGAGAAGGUGGUUUUGGCCGUGUCUUCAAGGGGGUACUAAGUGAUGGCACUGCUGUUGCUAUAAAGAAGCUCACAAGUGGAGGGCAUCAAGGAGAUAAGGAGUAUUUAGUUGAAGUGGAAAUGCUGAGCAGGUUGCACCACCGAAAUCUUGUGAAACUCAUUGGUUACUAUAGCAACCGCGAGUCAUCACAGAACCUUCUUUGUUAUGAGCUUGUUCCCAAUGGAAGCCUAGAGGCUUGGCUUCACGGUGCAUUGGGUGCUACCUGCCCCUUGGAUUGGGACACCAGAAUGAGGAUAGCACUUGAUGCUGCCAGGGGUUUAGCAUACCUUCAUGAGGAUUCACAGCCCUGUGUAAUCCACAGGGAUUUCAAAGCUUCUAAUAUAUUGCUUGAGAAUGAUUUUCAUGCUAAAGUGUCUGAUUUUGGUUUGGCCAAACAGGCGCCAGAAGGUCGGGCAAAUUAUCUUUCGACUCGUGUUAUGGGAACUUUCGGGUAUGUAGCACCAGAGUAUGCGAUGACAGGACACUUGCUUGUAAAAAGUGAUGUAUAUAGCUAUGGAGUUGUCCUACUUGAACUACUUACUGGGAGGAGGCCUGUGGAUAUGUCGCAGCCAUCUGGGCAGGAAAACCUAGUGACAUGGGCACGACCGAUUCUUCGAGAUAAAGAUAGAUUAGAAGAACUAGCUGAUCCCAGGCUUGGUGGCCAGUACCCGAAAGAUGAUUUUGUGCGAGUGUGCACAAUCGCAGCAGCCUGUGUUUCACCAGAGGCAAACCAGAGGCCAACAAUGGGCGAGGUGGUGCAGUCACUGAAGAUGGUGCAACGUUCUGUGGAGUUCCAGGAAUCUUUGCCAACACCACGUGCCCGCCCCAAUAUCCGGCAGUCAUCGACCACCUAUGAAUCUGAUGGCACUUCAUCCAUUUUCUCUUCCGGACCCUUCUCAGGCCUCAGCCCCUUUGAGACUGAAAACAUUCCAAGAACUGCGAUCUUCUCUGAAGAUCUCCAUGAAGCCGGUGUUGCGGCCAUUGCAGAGGCCAAGGUGUACGCCCCAUACGACAGGGUCUUGCUGAACUGUGGGUCGACGACGGACGGCCUGGACGCGGACGGCCGGAGGUGGGUGGCAGACACGAAUGAAAACACGUGUCUGACCGACUCCGGCAAGUCGUCGUUGAUGACGGCGGCCGACGAGAUGGACACGGCGCUGCCGUCGACCAUCCCGUACAUGAUGGCGCGGGUGUUCACCAUGGAGGCGGUGUACAACUUCACGGUGAACCCGCGGGACCGGCACUGGCUGCGCCUCCACUUCUACCCGGCCUCCUACAACGGGAUCACGCCGGAUAACUUCCAUUUCUCCGUGUCCACGUCCACCGGCCUCACGCUCCUCCGCAACUUCAGCGUGUACACCACCGCCAAGGCACUCACCCAGGCGUACAUCGUCAGGGAAUUCUCCCUCCCGCCGACGCCGGCGGGUUUCCUCACUGUCACCUUCACGCCGACACCGGUGGGCAACGAGACCUACGCCUACGUCAACGGCAUCGAGGUGAUCUCGAUGCCCGACAUCUUUGCCGACCCGGCCACGAUGGUCGGCUUCGCGGACCAGACCGUGGACAUUGCCGGUUCUGCCCUCCAGACCAUGUACCGGCUCAACGCCGGCGGGCCGUACAUCCCGCCGUCCAAUGACUCCGGCCUGACCCGGGCGUGGUACGACGACACGCCGUACGUGUUCGGUGCGAUACAGGGGGUCACCUACAAGGCUGGGCCGCAUUUCCACAUCAAUUACCCGAGCGACAUCGCCGAGUACGCCGCGCCGGUGGAGGUGUACCUGGGCACCCGCUCCAUGGGCUCCGACCCGCGCGUGACCCAGAACUACAACCUCACCUGGACCAUGGCGGUGGACGGCAACUUCACCUACGUUGUACGUCUCCACUUCUGCGAGCUGCUGCUCAACCGGCCGAACCAGCGGGCCUUCGACAUCUACGUCAACAACAAGACGGCGCAGUCCGACGCCGACGUGAUCAAAAUGACGUCGGAGCGGGGCGUGCCGAUGUACAAGGACUUCGCGGUGCACGUGGCCGACGAGCCCGGGGACGAGGCCAUGUGGGUGGCCCUGCACCCGUCCGUGGCGCUCCGGCCGCAGUUCUACGACGCCAUCCUCAACGGCCUCGAGGUCUUCAAGCUCAACAACAGCGCCGGCAGCCUGGCUGGGCCGAACCCCGACCCGUCCAAGAUGCUCGCCAGGGCGGAGCUAGGUGCGGGCGACGAUAGUCUGUCCAAGACCGAUAAGCACCCCAACAUGGCGACGGUGAUGGGCGGCACGGCGGGCGGCGCGGUCGCGGUCGGGAUCGUCGCCGCCAUCUGCGUGGUGGUGUACCACGACAAGAAGAACAGGGAGUUCGCCAGCGGCGGCGGGUCGCACACCUCCGGGUGGCUGCCGCUGUACCACUCCCACACCAGCGGCAAGUCGUCGGGCCACCUCGCGCCGAACCUGGCGGGCAUGUGCCGUCACUUCUCUUUCGCCGAAAUCAAGGCGGCGACCAAGAACUUCAGCGAGUCGCUGGUGAUCGGCUUAGGCGGGUUCGGGAAGGUUUACCGGGGCGUCGUGGACGGCGACACCAAGGUGGCCAUCAAGCGGUCGAACCCGUCGUCGGAGCAAGGCGUGCACGAGUUCCAGACGGAGGUGGAGAUGCUGUCCAAGCUGCGGCACCGGCACCUCGUCUCCCUCAUCGGCUUCUGCGAGGAAGCUGGCGAGAUGAUCCUCGUGUACGACUACAUGGAGCACGGCACGCUGCGGGAGCACCUCUACAUGGGCGGCAAGCCGCCGCUGUCGUGGCGGCACCGCCUCGAGAUCUGUAUCGGCGCCGCGCGGGGCUUGCACUACCUGCACACCGGCGCCAAGUACACCAUCAUCCACCGCGACGUCAAGACCACCAACAUCCUCGUUGACGAGAACUGGGUUGCCAAGGUCUCCGACUUCGGCCUUUCGAAGUCAGGGCCGACGACGGUGAACCAGACGCACGUCAGCACUAUGGUCAAGGGCAGCUUCGGCUACCUUGACCCGGAGUACUUCCGGCGGCAGCAGCUGACCGACAAGUCCGACGUAUACUCCUUCGGCGUUGUGCUCUUCGAGGUGCUCUUCGCGCGGCCGGCGCUCGACACGGCGCUGCCGCGGGAGAAGGCCAGCCUCGCCGACUACGCACUCAGCUGCCAGCGGAACGGCACCCUGCCGGACGUCGUCGACCCGGCGAUCAAGGACCAGAUCGCGCCGGAGUGCCUCACGAAGUUCGCCGACACGGCCGAGAAGUGCAUAGCCGAGCAGGGCAUUGACCGGCCGUCCAUGGGGGAUGUACUGUGGAACCUCGAGUUCGCGCUGCAUCAGCAGGACACGUUCGAGGGCGGCAGCGGUCGCCCGCCCGUGGCCAAGGACGGCGGCAGCGGCAGCGGCACCGGGCGCCCCGUGCUCGAGCCGAGCAACAGCAUCGGGAGCACGGCCAGCGUCACGACGCUGGGGACGUCGUCCAGGGCGCACGAGACGUGCGUCAUCGUGGAGGAGACCGACGACGAGGUGGCCAACAGCGCGGCGUUCUCGCAGCUCGUGCGCCCGGCCGGCCGGUGA